GCGGUCGUGUGACGUCACACGGCGCGCCCAAGCGAAGCGGCGGGUUUGUGGCUACAGGGGCCUCGGCAGCGGUCGCCAUGGUUCCACGCGUGCAGCUGCCCCCUGAGAUCCAGCUGGCGCAGCGCCUGGCGGGGAACGAGCAGGUGACCCGGGACCGCGCGGUGAGGAAGCUCCGGAAAUACAUCGUCGCCAGGACUCAGCAGGCCGCAGGUGGUUUCACUCAUGACGAGCUGCUGAAGGUGUGGAAAGGACUGUUUUAUUGUAUGUGGAUGCAGGACAAGCCACUCCUCCAGGAGGAACUAGGAAGGACCAUUUCCCAGCUCAUCCACGCUUUUCAGACUGCUGAAGCCCAGCACCUGUUCCUUCAGACCUUCUGGCAGACCAUGAAUCGCGAGUGGACGGGCAUUGACAGACUGCGCCUGGACAAGUUCUACAUGCUCAUGCGGAUGGUCCUGAACGAGUCUUUGAAGGCCCUGAAAACACAGGGAUGGGAAGAAAGGCACAUGGAACAGCUGCUGGUACUGCUGACGACAGAGAUCUUGCACCCCGACAGCCAGGCCCCCAACGGGGUGAAGAGCCACUUCAUCGAAAUCUUCCUGGAGGAGCUGGCCAAAGUGGGCGCCGACGAGCUGACGGCGGACCAGAACCUCAAGUUCAUCGAGCCCUUCUGCAGAAUCGCCGCCCAGACGAAGGACUCCCUGGUUUUACACAACAUCACGCGCAGCAUCUUUGAAACGAUUGUGGAACAGGCCCCAUUUGCCAUCGAGGACCUAAUGAAUGAAAUGGGGGCAGAGGACCUGUCGGACGGUGACGAGCAGGAGCCGGACGAGCUGUCCGAGAAGCUGCGUGAGAAGCCAACUAGAGGCUCCUCCCGUGGGACUGCAGUGGACCUGGAUGAGGAGCAAGCCAGAGGUGACGAGGACAGCACUGGCCCUGUCCUCCAGUUCGACUAUGAGGCUGUCGCCAACAGGCUGUUUGAAGUGGCCGGUCAGCAGGACACCCCCUCCCUGAACAGGAAGCGGCUCUACAAGGUCAUCCGAAAGUUGCAGGACCUUGCGGAAGGCCUCUUCCCUGAGGAUGACAUCCCAGAAAAAGCCGCUAGGAAGCUCCAAGAAGGGAGGCGGGGCAGGAAGACCACGAAGCGUUUGCCCAAAUGCCGGCUGCAGAACAAGACAGGGAGAGAUGGACAGGAGGACCUGCGUGCAGACCCGAGAUCCGGGUCCCGGAGGACGAGGCAGGACGUGGCCACGGACCUCACUGCACCCCAGGAGCAAACCCGGGCCCGAGGCAGGAGAGGGGCUCGUAGGAGGCAGCGGCGACCUCGGGCGGGAGCCAGAGCAAAGGUGACUGGCUGCCAGGAGCCAGAGAUGAAAAAGAAGCGGAUACAGGAAAGCAAGAAGUGACAUUUGCUGGGCCCAGCCCGGGCAGGGACGUGCUAUCUCCAUGGCUCCUGUUCUGCGCCCUGCGAAUGAGAGGACAGGACAGGUGGGCCACAUUCCCCACACCCCGACAUGGUCAGAAGGUCACCAGACCAGUGUGUCCUCAGCUAGGCUGGGGCCUCAGACUUGCACCUCCCGCGGACUGCCCUUUCCUGCCCUCCUUCCCUGGCGGCGCCCUGGCCACAGGCAGGUGGCCGGGAGUAAAACCUGCGUGUUCUUAGCAAUGGCGUCCUGACCCGUGUGCUUACACAGGUGCCGGUUUCCGAGCAGUGUUUAUAUUUUGUACCCUUUUUUGUGGAAAAAGGGUGGUUAUAUGUUUCUCAAACAAAAUCUGCAAGGACGCCAAGUGCUGGCAGGGCGUGUCUGGCCAGCCUUUGUUGCUCCCCACAAUAUAAACUGGUGUUUGGAGUCGGCCGUGGGUGGUGUUGGCCCCCAUUACUUGGGGUUAAAGUGCCUGAAGCCGGAAGGGUGUCUUCUGGGACACGGAGGCAGAACCGGAUCCGAUGUUCCGUGGGCAGACCCGCUGUGCCCCUCCCGCCUCCUCUUCACGCCCCUCCCGCCUUUAAAUUAAGUUCCAGCGCUGUGCUUGCCUGGCUGGGCCCUGAGGGGCACCCACUGGGGUGGUUGUGCUGUGAGGAGGGCCUGGCCCCAGAAUCUCAAUGAGAAGGGAAAUGGGGCCUUGCCGGCGCUGUGUGGGUGCCCGGUGGCUUCCAGGCAGUGCUGCAGCCAUGGCUGAGGGCUUCACGGGUGACAAUGGUGGCAGUCUCGGUUUAACCCACAUCCUGUGUUCCACGGGCACCCCAGCCACCGCUACUGGGCCGCUGCUGGGCGGAGGUGUGUGGGUGAGCCCAGCGGGAGGCCCAACCUAGAGAGGACCCCCAGAGGCUUGAUCUGAACCCCAGUCCCCAAAGCCCGGCUGCACAGCCUGCACACGGGGAGCCAGCACUCUGUGGACAUUCUUUCGGUCCAGCUGGUGGCGGGUGGUGGCCUGGGGCAAGUUGGGCUGGCUGGGGCGCAGCGGCAGAGUCAGCUGGAGUUCACAGUUCCCUUUCCCCAAAGCCGCUUACUUACAAGGACAUCUAGCCCCAGUUGCUGGUGGCCAGAGCUCAGCAGGGGUGCAGUGACCUGGCUGACUCUCAGAGCCCCCGCUUUCCCUGGCAGGGAGCCCAGGAGGCAGGCCUCUGUUGGCGCCAUUCUCUGUGUGUGUGUUGGGGGGCUUUGUUGUCUGUUGACAUCCCUUGGUCAUAAAGGAAGCAGCUGUAUUGUAGACGUUUCGGGGGGCGGGGCAUAUCUGACUGCCGUUCCUAACCCAGGGCCCUUCGCGGGCACAUCAGCGCCACCCGCUUUUCUUACCAUCCGUCCUCCAGAAUCCCAGCUUCCCCAUAUUUAACCGCGUUUCCUCCCACUGUGACUGUGGGUGCCCGCCUCCCACCCCUCAGCCGCUGGGGCCUGCAGGCCACUGUCUGGUGGGCAGUGCUUCUCCCGCAUCGGGAAACGGUCUCACUGGCAAAGUGGCAAAACCGUAAGAGGACAUUGAAUGUGACCCCAACCGCCGUCCCCCAGGAAAGCGGAGUUCAGAAGGUGGCAUGGAUUUUAUUCUCCCAUAUGUUCUCUUCAAAGAGCUUUACUGAGCUGUAGUUCACGCGCUAUACCAUCCACACACUUAGUACACGCAGAGUUGUGGAACCAUCACCACUGCCAGUGUGAGAACGUUUCACCCCCAAAAGACCCCUGGUAUCUUUAGCCGUCACCUCCCAGCCCCCGCCAACCUCUGAUCCACUUUCUGUCUCUACACUUCCCGAUUGGGACUUGGGAAUAAAUGGAGUCGUACAGUGUGUGGCUCUU